AUGCCGGGCGCUGCGGCCAGGCGCCGGGCAGGAAGCGCGGCCGGCGCCAUCUUGGCUGAGGGCAGACGUCGCGGGGCGGCCAUCUUAGGGGCGGGCGGGCCGGGCCUUGAUUUCACACGGUGUAAUUUAAUAAAACGCUAUUUGUGUUUUUCAGUUCUGCUCAUUAAGUCUUUGUUUCUGUAUUUCUUAACAGUGACUGUGUUCUUAAGCACUUUGACUCCAAAAUUCUACUUUGCCCUUACAGUGACCUCAUCUUUCAUAUCUGGGCUGAUAUUUGUAUUUGAGUGGUGGCAUUUCAGAAAAUAUGGCACAUCUUUCAUUGAGCAGGUAUCUGUGAGUCAUCUGAGGCCCCUCAUUGGUGGUGUGGAAAACAACCCUCCAGCACCAGCAGCGUUCUCAGUUGGAGAGAAUGAGACAAACAGGCAGAAUAUGCCAGAGUGCAAGGUGUGGCGAAAUCCUCUUAAUCUUUUCAGAGGGGCAGAGUAUAGCAGAUACACGUGGGUGACUGGGAAGGAGCCCCUUACAUACUACGACAUGAAUUUGUCUGCUCAAGAUCAUCAGAACUUUUUCACGUGUGAUACAGAUGCCCUCCGGCCUUCAGAUACAGUGAUGCAGAAAGCAUGGCGAGAGAGAAACCCUCAAGCCCGGAUUAAAGCAGCGUAUCAGGCUUUAGAGUUGAACAAUGAUUGUGCCACUGCAUAUGUUCUUCUAGCAGAGGAAGAAGCAACAACUAUCGUAGAUGCUGAGAAGUACUUUAAGCAGGCUCUGAAAGCAGGAGAAAUGAUUUACAGGAAGUCUCAGAACUGCCAUUCCCAAAGUCCACAGCAUGAAGCACAGCUGAGAAGAGACACCAAUGUACUGGUGUAUGUGAAAAGGAGACUAGCUAUGUGUGCAAGAAAACUUGGAAGAAUACGAGAAGCAGUCAAAAUGAUGAGAGAUUUAAUGAAAGAGUUUCCCCUUCUCAGCAUGCUGAAUAUUCACGAAAACCUCCUGGAGGCGCUACUGGAGUUACAGGCUUAUGCAGAUGUCCAGGCAGUUCUAGCAAAAUAUGAUGAUAUUAGUCUUCCAAAAUCAGCAGCAAUAUGUUAUACAGCAGCCCUGUUAAAAGCCAGAGCUGUUUCAGAAAGGUUCUCCCCAGAAACUGCCUCCAAAAGAGGGCUUAGUACAGCAGAAAUAAAUGCUGUGGAAGCAAUUCACAGAGCUGUGGAAUUUAACCCUCAUGUUCCUAAGUACUUACUAGAAAUGAAAAGUUUGGUUCUACCUCCAGAGCAUAUCCUGAAACGAGGGGACAGUGAGGCAGUAGCAUAUGCCUUUUUUCAUCUCCAGCACUGGAAGAGAAUAGAAGGGGCUCUAAAUCUGCUGCACUGUACAUGGGAGGGCACAUUUAGGAUGAUCCCUUACCCAUUAGAGAAAGGUCAUCUUUUCUAUCCCUAUCCAAGUUGCACAGAAACAGCAGACAGAGAACUGUUGCCAACAUUUCAUGAAGUCUCCGUUUAUCCACAGAAGGAACUUCCCUUUUUCAUCCACUUCACAGCAGGCCUGUGUUCCUUUUCGGCAAUGCUUGCACUCCUUACACAUCAAUUUCCUGAGCUGAUGGUCAUUUUUGCUAAAGCUGUGCUGCGAGUGCUUUGGCCUGUGAGUGCUCCCAGCGUGCUGGCCUCCGGCUGAGCCCUGGACAUCCCUCAGUUCUUUGGGACUGUCCUUCGCUAUGGAAAACACCAAGGUCCUCAUGCUGUCCAGUCUGUGACAUCAGCUGACUCCAGUUUGACUGGAGCAUGCUUUCCACGAUGCUUCGAUUUAAUUGUUCCCAUAAGUGUCCCUGACAGCACCAACUAGGUAUGGUUAGCUGACACCGAGGUGGGGAAGCAACAAAGAAAGGUGUGCUCCUCAAACCAGUGUCUUUCACAGGCUUCCAUGUUGGUAACGGUGUUUUAUGUAUGAAUUUCUUCUUUGGCCUUGGUGUCUGUAGUCAUCUAAGAAAAUAGUUUUUGUUGAGCAAUAAUCUCAUUGCUCUCUUAAUCGCUUGUACAACAGGAAGCUAACACUUCCUCUGUAAGAAAUGAGAGAACACAAAUUGAGCAGAUGUUUUGAGUAUUGACACUUCUUUCUCAGCUGCAGACGCAACAGAUAACUGGCUUAGAUUUAAUUUUGUAAGCCUUUUUCCAAAUAUUUGUUAAGAGCAAAGUAUGUCUCUGCUUUCUUUAUUAAAAGGUUACUUCUUAACGCA